GACCAAUUUGUGGUGUCAUCAACUACAGCGCUGCAACAGCAUCUCAGUGAAUUUGAGGAUCAUCGACUCAUUACACGAAAGCGUCUGAAAGACGGGAAUGAAUAUAUUUGGCUUACUGCUGAUGAUGAGACAAUUGUAGAAUUUCUGAAGGAAAAAGGAAUGCGAUUUGAAGACACCGACACUGAGGAUGAGUUAACUCCAGCUCCACGAACUGGCUGUGCAACUUGA